AUGGACCCCCGACAGCCCACAGGCGAUCCAGCGGGUAUAUUUCGCUUCUCAGGCCAGGGCCAGGGCCUCCCGCCACAUCCGGAGCCAGGGCCUACCCCGACCACAGGCAUUCCUUCCUCGGGAUUAUUUGACUACCUUAGGAAUGUCGACUGGUCCAACGUAACAUGCUGCCCCCGGCCUUCGUUUGCCUCUAGCCCCUGUGCAGUGUUUCAAAUCCCCGUAUUUCCUUCGGACUCUCCCCUCGGACAGCGGCUGACGUUCCUCGAGGCUUUCACUCAGAGCCAGGGUUUUAUACAGGGCCCUUCAUCGGCCUUUCCAGCUACCGAUCUUCUGGAUCUCUCGAUAAACCUCCUGGCCCGCCGAGUGCUGAGUGACCCUCGCAUCGCACAGACAUUCACAUUCGAGAAGAACUUGCUCCAGACGGACGAGGUGCUGCUUAUCAACCCCUCAUAUUCUUUCGAUGCGGGCGACUCCGGCGUCACGUUCGAGAGCGCCCUGCGGGUUUGGUUGUGCCCCGUAGUCGGUCUAGACCAGAUUUGCCAAAGGCUCUCGGGCCUCACCCGGAUGAUACUCGACCUGGCGCGAACGGAAGCGCGGUCGGAGGAGCGGAAGUUCCUCGCAGCCGCGAUAAGCCUCCGUGUCAGGCAGGUUCUCGGCGCUCCGCUGGCUCCGGGCACGCCUGACGACGAUACCCAGGCAUUCCCGUCCAGUGCCAGACCCUUGUUUUCUAUGAUGCUGGCCGACGGUGAAAAGACACCCCGGGCGCGCUCGUCCGUCGCCCGCGAUGUGCCUGACAAUAGACUUUGCCCGACGCGGGUCGAACAUGGCAAAGGAAGCUUAGACGGCGAGAAAGACCUUCGCCCCCUCUGGGCUCGGCGGAUGCUUUCUCCAAUCACUAUUUCCACCGGCAUCGUAAACGACGAAGAACCCGGAGCUAUCCUAGCUUAA